AUGGAUAAUACUAAAUUAAAUGAUUCUGAUCCUUAUUCUAUUAGGGGUAGCCACCCUAUAUUACGUGGCCAAUGGAUUACUUUAGAAUUUUCUAUAAUAAUUAAAACGUAUUAUACCGAUUCAACAAAGGUUGAAUACAGAGAUUUGGAAAAUCAAAGAAUUCAAAACAUUCAAGGUUUAGAAGAUAUUCUAAAUUCAGAAGAAAUUCAAGAUUCAGAAAAAAUAAAUGUAUUUACAAAUCGAUUAGCUACAUUAAAAAAUCGAUUAGAUGUAUUAGAGGAUUUGUUGAAAACAUUUUAUCUUGAUACAAGUUUUCUGGAUCAUGUUAAAAAAGUACGUAAGGAAAUAGUAAAUGAAAAGGGUUAA